UCUUUCGGCCUAUAAUAAAAACUUGUCUUCAAUUCUGUGUGAAAUUUUUGUGAAAAUUUAAUGUUUUCGCAACAAGGGCACUCUUGAUGUUGUCUGACAGAUCUCAUAUCUUAUUUUAGACUUUAUAGUUGUGCAAAUAAAAGAUAAAAACAUUGUUCCAAUAUGAGUUCUGAUAGUGAUGAUGACGGCUCUACUGGCCGUGGUGGCGGAGGCUCCGCUGAUAGUACCGGAGGUGGUUUUGGAAUGGACCUAACCGGUAUACUAUUUGGUAACAUCGACUCUGAAGGAAAAUUAGUAGACGAUGAUGCUGAAAAUGCGUUUGACUCCGAAUUUCGUGAACAUAUAGGAUCACUGUCUAAAAUGGGCCUGAAUUCUAUGCUAAAUGAAGUGAUAGAGACCGAAAAAGAUGAAAACGAGGAAGAAGAUGAUCCAAAAUAUCCGAUGAGUGAUUUCGAUGCAUUAAAAGCAGGUAUUUCAAGUACCGAUGGAAAUGAAGCUGAUAAUGAAGAUGAUGGCGAAAUUGUCAAGGAUGAUAACGCAAUUGACUAUUCAGAUAUCACUGAAUUAUCAGAAGAUUGCCCGCGUACACCUCCGCGUGUUGAACAAAGGACGACUGAAGACCUUGAGGACGCAAUACCUGCAACAAAAGUUGAAGCAUCAAGUGUAACUAAAGAUGAUAAAGAGCUGAUGCCACCACCUCUUGCGCCUAUUCGCAGUGUUUCAACCAACAGUAGUAACGUAGACGGCUCAGUUAAGGCGAAUGGGCCAGAUAACACAGACCAGAAAACAGAAAAGCAAAUCGAUCGAAAGUUGGAUACACCAUUAGCGGACAUGCUGCCUUCUAAAUAUGCGAAUGUGGAUGUGAGAGAAUUGUUUCCCGAUUUUCGACCUGAUAAAGUAUUACGUUUUUCACGACUAUUUGGUCCGGGAAAGCCAUCAAGUUUGCCUCAAAUUUGGCGAAGCGUUAAAAAGCGUAGACGGCGAAGAAAACACUCUCGUGACCAAAAGAAUCCAAACGCAGGUUCUGACUCACCAAGUGAUUCUGAGGAGCCCAAGAAAAAAGGGUUUGGUAUCCACAAUGGGCCUGAUCCUUUACCACACCAAUGCGUUUCGGAUGAUGAAGACAAAUUACUAAGCAUAACAAACAAUGAAGAUGUAAAACCUGAGGGCACAGAAAGUGGCGAAAAUAACGAUAAUAAACCAAAAGUAGCCGACUGGCGUUACGGUCCUGCUCAAAUUUGGUAUGACAUGUUAGACGUUCCUGACUCUGGAGAGGGGUUUAAUUAUGGAUUUAAAUCGAAACCAUCUGGAGCACCACAAAAAGGAAAUUCAUCAGAUUCGCAAUCUUUAGUGCCGGCUGAGGAGGAUAUGGUAAUCAAAGGAGAACCCAUAGCAGAUGACGCAUUUUUGAUGGUUUCUCAACUACAUUGGGAAGAUGAAGUUGUAUGGGACGGCAAUGAUAUUAAGGCGAAGGUCUUGCAGAAAUUAAACUCAAAAACCAUAGCAGCAGGUUGGUUGCCAUCAAGUGGUUCGCGCACAGCUGGAGCCUUUAGUCAGCCAGGUAAAACUAUGCCUGUGUCAGGAAACACCGGUAGUGGCAAAAUGCAGGGUAGUGGUGGGACGUCUUCAAGUAAAAAAGCUAAUCAAAUCAUUCAAAACAAACCACCAGAAGCAAUAGACGACACUUGGUACAGUAUUUUUCCUGUGGAAAACGAAGAGCUAAUUUAUGGUAAAUGGGAGGAUGAAAUCAUCUGGGAUGCCGAGCAAAUGCCAAAACUCCCGAAACCAAAAGUUCUUACACUUGAUCCAAACGAUGAGAAUAUAAUCUUAGGUAUACCCGAUGAUAUUGAUCCAUCUAAAAUUAGCAAAAAUACAGGACCGCCGCCGAAAAUCAAAAUUCCACAUCCGCAUGUCAAGAAGUCGAAGAUCCUAUUGGGCAAAGCUGGUGUGAUAAAUGUGUUGGCUGAGGACGCGCCCCCACCUCCGCCAAAAAGUCCAGAUCGUGAUCCAUUUAACAUCUCUAACGAUUCAUAUUAUCAGCCAAAGACUGAGCCAACAUUGCGUCUAAAAGUGGGAGGAGGCAAUUUGAUCCAACAUUCAACGCCUGUAGUAGAACUACGUUCACCGUUUAUACCGACAUACAUGGGACCAAUGAAAUUACGCGCGUUCCAUCGGCCACCAUUGAAGCGAUUUUCUCACGGUACCUUGGCGUCGCCAGGACCACAUCCAGUGUUACCACUACUUAAAUAUAUAGCGAAAAAGGCUAAACAAAGAGAGUUGGAACGUAUUGCUUCGGGUGGUGGAGAUGUAUUUUUCAUGCGUAAUCCUGAAGAUUUAAGUGGCAAAGACGGUGAUAUAAUUUUGUGCGAGUUUUGUGAAGAGCACCCACCUCUGAUGAAUCAAGUUGGUAUGUGCUCGAAAAUCAAGAAUUAUUAUAAACGAAAAGCUGCAAAGGAUAAUGGACCACAAGACUUUAAAUACGGUGAAGUUGCCUUUGCUCACACCAGUCCUUUCUUGGGUAUUAUACAUCCGGGUCAGUGUAUACAAGCCUUGGAAAAUAAUAUGUAUCGUGCGCCAAUCUAUCCACAUAACAUUAAUUCGACGGACUUUCUGGUUAUACGAAACCGAAGUAAUUAUUGGAUACGUGCUGUUAAUGCAUUGUUUACUGUUGGGCAAGAAUGCCCAAUUUAUGAAGUGCCUGGACCAAAUUCAAAACGAGCAAAUAAUUUCACUAGAGACUUUUUGCAGGUGUUCAUUUACCGACUGUUCUGGAAGAGUCGCGAUAAUCCACGACGUAUUCGUAUGGAUGAUAUCAAACGAGCUUUUCCAGCGCACUCGGAAAGCAGCAUUCGCAAGCGUUUGAAGCAGUGUGCAGAUUUCAAACGUACUGGUAUGGAUUCCAACUGGUGGGUUAUUAAGCCGGAAUUCCGUCUGCCCUCCGAAGAAGAAAUUCGUGCAAUGGUCUCACCCGAGCAGUGUUGUGCCUUCUUCAGUAUGAUUGCUGCCGAGCAGCGUCUGAAAGAUGCUGGUUAUGGUGAAAAGUUUUUAUUCGCGCCACAGGAAGAUGACGAUGAAGAAGCGCAGUUGAAGCUAGACGAUGAAGUGAAAGUGGCGCCUUGGAACACCACGCGCGCAUACAUACAAGCAAUGCGUGGCAAGUGCCUACUCCAAUUGACUGGUCCAGCCGAUCCCACCGGUUGUGGUGAAGGCUUCUCUUAUGUGCGAGUGCCAAACAAGCCUACGCAAACUAAAGAAGAGCAAGAGUCUCAGCCAAAACGUACUGUUACCGGCACAGAUGCCGAUUUGCGCCGUCUUCCAUUGCAACGCGCUAAAGAACUGCUGCGCAAAUUUAAAGUGCCUGAAGAAGAAAUUCGCAAGCUGUCCCGUUGGGAGGUCAUUGAUGUGGUGAGAACACUUUCUACAGAAAAGGCCAAAGCCGGCGAGCAGGGUAUGGACAAAUUUUCGCGUGGCAAUCGUUUCUCCAUCGCAGAGCAUCAGGAACGCUACAAAGAAGAAUGCCAGCGCAUAUUCGAUCUUCAAAAUCGCGUAUUAGCAAGUUCCGAGGUACUCUCCACUGAUGAGGAUGAAUCAUCAGCAUCCGAAGAAUCCGAUCUUGAAGAGCUGGGCAAAAACUUGGAAAAUAUGCUUUCGAAUAAGAAGACAUCCACACAACUCUCACUUGAGCGCGAAGAGCAGGAGCGUGAAGAGUUGUUGAAGAAAAUUAUGGAAGAUCAGGAGGGUGGUAAGGGUGGCAAGUCGAAAGAUGGCAAAGACGACAGUUCACAGCAGCCGGCUACGAAUCCAAAUCAGGGUCGCAUACUAAAAAUUACACGCACUUUCAAAGAUAGCGAAGGCAAGGAGUAUACACGUGUAGAGAUUGUACGCCGGCAACCAGUAAUAGAUGCAUAUAUGAAGAUACGCACAACUAAGGAUGAACAAUUCAUUAAACAAUUCGCCACGUUAGACGAACAGCAAAAGGAAGAGAUGAAGCGUGAGAAGCGGCGCAUACAAGAACAACUGCGUCGUAUCAAGCGAAAUCAAGAACGUGAGCGACUUGCAUUGCUUGCCCAAAAUCAAAAGCUGCAGCCCGGUGGUAUGCCAACAUCACUGGGUGAUCCCAAGUCUUCCGGUGGCUCAUCACAUAAGGAACGUGAUACGCCACACAAAGAAGUUAGUCCUUCACGCAAGAAGUUCAAGUUGAAACCGGACUUAAAGCUAAAGUGUGGAGCUUGUGGGCAGGUUGGUCAUAUGCGCACCAAUAAAGCAUGCCCGCUCUAUACCGGCUUGCAAGGCCCUUCACCUUCAUCAAAUGUGACUGUUACUGAAGAUCAAGAAGAGGAGGUUGAGAAAGAAGUAAAUUGCGAAGAUGACGACUUGGUUAAUGUAGACGGCACUAAGGUAACCCUAAGCAGCAAAGUGCUUAAGCGACAUGAUGACGUACGUCGGCGUACACUAUUAUUGAAGAUGCCAAAAGAAACGCCGGGUAAAAAGAAACGUCGCAUGGCGGGCGAUUUGCAUUGUGACUAUUUACAACGUCAUAACAAGACAGCAAAUCGACGACGCACCGAUCCUGUCGUGGUUUUGUCUUCCAUACUCGAAGAGAUACUCAACGAGUUGCGCUCAAUGCCCGAUGUAACACCAUUUUUAUUUCCCGUUAACGCUAAGCUGGUGCCCGACUACUAUCGCAUUGUAACAAAACCUAUGGAUUUGCAAACCAUGCGUGACUACAUACGUCAACGUCGAUAUCAUAAUCGCGAGGAGUUUCUGGCUGACCUCAACCAAAUUGUGGAAAACUCGACACUUUACAAUGGCGCACGCAGCUCGUUCACCGUCGCAGCGCAACGUAUGCUGCAGAGUUGCUUCGAUCUACUAGCUGAGAAGGAAGAUAAGUUAAUGCGUUUGGAGAAGGCAAUCAAUCCACUGCUAGAUGACAAUGAUCAAGUGGCAUUAUCGUUUAUUUUUGAACAAUUGCAUGGCAAAAUAAAAUUAAUGCAGGAGAGCUGGCCGUUCCUGAAGCCGGUCAACAAAAAGCAAGUACGUGAUUAUUACACAAUCAUAAAGCGACCAAUGGACUUGGAAACUAUUGGAAAAAAUGUUGAGGCACAUCGCUACCAUUCACGCGCUGAAUUCUUGGCGGACAUUGAACUGAUUGCAACCAACUGUGAGCAGUAUAAUGGCAGUGAAUCACGAUUCACAAAGAAUGCAAAGGAUUUAGUAACGAUUGCACGUACUCAACUGGAAGAGUUUGCAGAACACUGCGCGCAACUCGAACAAAACAUCAGUAAAGUGCAGGAACGUGCACGUGCCGAUGCUGAGUUGGAUGAUACCUGGUGUGGUGAUGACCAAGACUAUGACUUUCCGCAUCGUACAAGUCGUUCGAGUACACCGGAAAAUGAUUUUAUUGACGUCGAAGGUAAUGAGAGGCCAACAACAUCCGCCGCAGCGUCUACAUCCUCAUCGGCAUUGCAGCGUGGCUUUAUUGGUGGCAUAACCAUACCGGCACCUGUACAGCCAGGCAGUAGCAAUGAUAUGGCACCGCCGGCGCCAUCCGAUAUAAAACGCGGACGUGGACGUCCUCGUAAACAACGCGACACAGUAGAGGAGGUCAAAAUAAAUGCGAGCGCUGUUAAACGUGGGCGUGGCCGACCCCGCAAGGACAGCCUAGCCUCAAAUAUAAGUAACCCACAAAAUUCCUUUCUGGAAGAAGACUUGCAAUGUUCGACAGACGAUGAAGAAUUUCAAGAGGUAUCUGAGGAUGAGAAUAAUGCAGCCAGCAUACUUGAUCAAGGUGAACGCAUACAACCCAAUGGCAGCGGCAUGGAUACUGCCGGCGGAGCUGUGCUUGGCAUGGAUCAAAUUGAUGUGUCGCAUAUAAAAACUGAGAUGAAAAUUGAGCCGCCCCAAUUGGCUAAUGAGGAAGAGGGUGCAGAGCAACAUUGCGAGGACGAUAGCCAACAGGCCGCUGAAGCCAUGGUGCAAUUGAGCGGUGUUGGUUUCUACAACCAGCAGCAGCAAGAUGACUCUAUGGAUUUGGAUCCUAAUUAUGAUCCUUCUGAUUUCUUGAAUUUCGGCAAUCGCAAUGUUAGUAAUGAUAACAAUGAGGAUUUGCAAGGCAACCAAAACCAUACACAAUAUGGCAAGGAAGACGAUGAUGCGAAUAUACAAUAUAAUACUAAUGCCAAUUUGCCUGAUGGUACGAUGCCAGCUCAAAUGUCUUCUAUGCCUCAAAUGCCACUUAUUAUGCCACCAAAUACGGACAAUGUGGGCAUAGAUGAGGACUUGGCAAUUUCCGAGAGUGAUGAAGAAGAUGGUGGGGACAAUACACAUAAUGAUGGUGGUGACGUCAGCAUGAAGAAUGAGGUUUUCAAUGAUAAUGGUGAAAUGGCAAAUGAUGCCAAUAUUCCUAUUAACCCUAAUGAUGCUAAUGAUAUUCAAAUGAAUAUGGAUGCUGCAAAAUCAGAACCGCAACAGCAACAGCAACAUCAACAUCAACAAGAUGAUAAUGAUGAUGAUGAUUGGUUACAUUUCUAA